AGCCCCAUGGCUGGACCGGGCUCCAAGAGCAGGACUCGCAAGAAGAAACCUCACGUCACACCACAGGAGAGAGCGACAAAGAAACAGUCUCCCGCCAGUAGAGAGGCAGGAAAGCGCGGUUCAACCAAGAAGGAAUACAUCGUGGAUGAAUCAAUUCCAGAUUUUGCCCUGAAGUAUUUGACCCGACACAAGAUACGGUCGGUGGAACAACUGGUGGCUGAUUUUUGUGCGUCUACCAAAAACAAAAACAGGGCUGAUUUUUGUGCAUCUACAAAAAACAAAAACAGAUUGUCACCAGAAAAGGAUGUAGGCAAGAUUUGCAGUAACUGUUUCAUCAAAUGUGCAUCGUCUUCUGACAAUGUCUGCAGCAAUUGCCCUAGUCAAGAGUUCUUCAGUUGUUCUACUUUAGCUCAAGAUCUGCGUUAUCCUCUUCGCUCAAAGAAAGAGAGCCCCAAAAAGCGUCGUUCUAACAGAUUUUCAGUGAAUAAAGUUAUGAAGUCUGGUAAAGUAAGAUCCAACUACCGUCCAGCUGCUCAAGUGCGAGGUUCAAUAGCUGAUGGAGGAAGUGAUAAAAAAACAUUGCAAAUCAAAAGACGGGAAGGGCUUUCUUCUCUCGUCAUUGCACCAGAGUUUCCUGCAGUUGUGCCCGAGGACUCUGAUGGAGACAAGACUCCGGAAUAUCCCCUCCCAAAGGACUCACAGUUCUCGACGCUUCAGUACAAACAGAUGCUCCUGGAUACCACUGUCGCUCGACUGGAAGCUAAAAACUUAAAGCGGCGAGUCGGUAGUUGUGAAAGUAGCCAGGGGCCAGUCAAUCCUCGGGACCACGCUGAAGCUGCCCAAAAAUGCUCAGAUUCUACGAAAGAAGUCUCGACAUAUGCUGGAAAGGCAUCACGUAAAAAUGGUGUCAUGUAUACCAGCACACUCCUUCCGCCUGGGAGUGCUGUAAAACCAACAGGAGGACCCAGAAAUGUGGGAAAAGAGCCUCCCUCUCCACGCCAGCACAUAAGAAUGCGAAUUCGGGUCAAGACUCCGCCAGAAAAGCAGGCGGCCCUAGAGCAGUGGUUAAAUCAUUCCGAUCUCUCGUCGGACAGUUCCCCUGAGGCGUGCAGUCGGACUAGCCAAAAGAGGAGCUGUGGAAGGAGUCUCAACUUCUGUGGGGUGGAGGCUCGUCAUGACCAGUGGCCCACAGAAAUGCUUGCAGCAAAAAGUCCGUGUCCUGAUGAUGAACUUAAAACUGUCACCGACCCCAGUGCCUCUCAAGAAAACAAACAUUGUACUGGUCACACACACCGUCCCAAAAAUCAUACCGUUAGAACAGACUCUUUAGGUAACAAUCAAAUAAGUGAAUUCAGGCACGGCUAUCAUGAAAAGGACAGCGAUUACGUGAAUAAUAAUCAAAGUGACAAAAAGCAUGAUAUUGAUCGCCGGAUUAAUAACGACAAAGCAAGCUUUGACAAAAAGAUGAAGCUUGCGGAAAUGCAGCAUCCUGUUUCUUCAGGUAAAAAAAUGUGUGGUUCUCAUUUCCUUAAAGGAAACAUUGCUGCUCUCCAUCUCUUUCGCAAUGAUAAGACUGCAGACAUUAAACACAGUGGACAAAUGGCAAUGGAGUGCAAAAAAUGCCAUGGGACAAACUGUCAGUGUGUGUUUCGAGAAAAAAAGGAAAGUGAGAAAGACAUGUCGUUGUCAGUGAGAGCGUUAACAGAUUUCAGGCUGACUUGUCUCUCAGUGGUGAGGGAAAGACUGAGAUCUAUAACAGCUGAGUAUUCUUUGCAGAGUGGGUUUCUGAGAAGUGAAAAAUUUGAAGCAAGUCGGACUGAUGUAUGUCUGAGAUUAAGUUCUAGUUUUUCAGACAGACAAGUUUCGGAGAGAAAUGGUUGGGGUUUCCAAAAACCCUUUCCGUCCCCGCCUGCCUGCAAGUUGCUCCCCAAAGAAAGAAGAGAAGCUGAUGCAUCUUGUUCUCCUUUAAGACAAACGUCGCAAUUCUCAUCUACAGACGCUGGAAAUGCUUUGCUUCCAGAGAUGGACAUAGAUAAAACGGUCUGGGAAGACCAAGGUGAAUCAACACCUCCAGGCAAGGAUGGCAGUUCCGGUCAAGCAGAGUGUGGUGUGGACUAUCGUAUGUCAAACUACAAUGAGCACAGUGCUUCGUGGCACAUGUCGGAACAUUCCAAAAAUUACAGUCCAGAAACUUUGGACAACAACGACUCUGGCCCUCCUGUUCUGAGUAAAAAUAUUGAGUUGAUGAGAGACUGUAAUAAAUCUGAUCCAACAAAAAUUAGCCAUGAUUCGAGCUUUGAACAUGAUACUGGUUUCGAUGAUCUUCCUAUACUUGAAAAAUAUGUAAUUGACGAACCAGCUCUUUGUCGUAGAAGAGUUAGUGAAGCGAGUGUAGGGAGUGACAGUGACAGUGACAAUAGUUUGGCACUGGUGAUAGAUGAGCACAGUAUUGCUCGAAUGUCUGAAAGCCUCAGCUCACAUUUGAUCGACAAAGAUAACACUGUGUCUGAUGAGCAGAAUAGGACAGCCUCACCUGAGAAAAUGAUCUUGUCAUUACCCACAUCUCAGUGUAGUCUUGAGUCCAAAAUAUCAGGCUGGACUGUAUCUACUCAAAAUGAUUCAAGGAAUCAAAACAAGUCAUUGUUGUCAGCUCCGAUACCUGACGACAUCUCAAUGGCAGUGCAUUGUCACGGUGAGGAUGGGGAUGACAAAGAUCCCCAGAGUGUAGCUGACCAAAAGUUGGAAACAAGAAGUGGACUCCAUUUACAGGACUCUGGUGAUAGUGGCAGGGAGAACUCAGGCCACAGAGACUGGCAUGAAAAUGUCAUUCUGGGAGAUAAAAACAAUCAAAUGAUUGAUGUUAGACCUUCGACUUUGAAAAAUCUCAAGAAAAAGAUAACUGGGGUGUCUCAAGUUAGCCCAGACAUGACAGACAAAAUGUCCGGAAAGACGGUGGAUUUGAAUCCGAGCCAACCACAAUGGGUGAACGGUGAUGAUGCUGUACCAACUGCUAGACCUGUUAUGCCGCCUGUAAAUCGGCCACAAAAGAACAAAAAAGGCAAGCAAAAAUCAAUCAAUCAAAAGGUGAAAUCGCAAAAAAAGACAUUUUCAACACAGGUCAAGCGAGCCCGUGCUGUGAAAACUAAUGUGGACCCACCAAAGACAAAUUCUCCGUCCAAACUGCAAGAUUUGGCAAAUGCCCAGGCAAGAGAUAUACCCUCAGCUAGUUCUGCACCCUCUGUCUUCUGUAACUCUAGCUCUCCUUUGUUCCAGACAGUUGUUCAUAGACAACCAGAAUCUGCAGCGAGUGGUAAGAAAGUUCAGAGGUCUUCAAAGUGCAAAACAGGCAAGAGACAGCAUAAAGAAUCUGUGAAAGGUCAAAGAAAUGGCACCCCAAACAAAUUGGAGAGGGGUGGUGAACCUCAUUCGAAAAAGAAGCAUCUUGAAAUCCCCACUACAUGUGUCUCACCUGGAAAGGGUCUUGCGGUGAAUCCCCCAGUGACUUCCUCUCCUGGAGUCCCGUUGCUUACACACAGUCACUCGGUACUUAUCAGUGGAGUUUCUGCUUCGCCUUCUCUCUCUACUGCCCAGAUCCGACACGCCAAAAUAAACACCACUUCAAGUGAUGCACACUCAGUCGCUACAACCCCAGGGUACAGCAUCAGACCCCAAACUCCAUUGUUCUUGCCUCAAAGUAGGUUUCAGCUGGAUACUGUGAAUGGAAACUCAGCCCUUCAAAACAAAAUGGGCCCUAAUCCUAUACUGCAAAAGCAAGGACAGAACCCAAAUUACCUUGUCAUUCCUAAGGGUGGUGUCCCGGUCUCAGUUCUUAAAGCCAACACACUUGGAAAUCUUACUCUCCUCACGCCAACCACCUAUCAUAAACCUCCUGUUGCCUCUCAUCAAAGCAAUCGUCAGACUCUUCGCGCCCAGAACAUGGGGCUGCCUUUUCCGCAACAAAAUGUUAAUGUCAAUGUCAUACCACAGAAUGUCACAGCUUCCGUUUCCAAACGAUACCUUUUAGGGCCUCCUCCUUUGCUGUUUGUUCCUCAACAAGCACAAGUGAGACUUCCUCCACCAGCACAAAGUAAGAGUGAGGCUUUGGGGAAAAACUCUGAUAAUCCAACGAAUGGCACUUCUACUAACCCAGGGAACUUUCGUUUUCAGAUUUGUAACUCGUCUCUUACUGGAGGUGAGGCACUGCCAAGGUUUUCAAGUGCUGUGCCUUCUGGCUGUGUUAUGCGUCCCUUACAGGCAGGGGCCAGUGUUCCUAUGCAGCAUGGUGCUCUGUUACCUCCGAAUGAGUUCUCCUCACAUACAAAAGUACGACCUGAGAAACAUGAACAUUGUGACAAGGCUAACCCUUGGCUUUUAGCCAGUCAUCUUGAGGCAAAUGUUCAGGCAGUUCCAAUGCUAACAAAUGCCGAGACCUGUGCCCGUUCUCAUUUGAAUAGUGACACUACCCUGUGUUCUACCUCGAAUCAAGGGACAGUUCAAAGAAAUAGUCACCACCCGAGGGCCAGUGAGAGAUGGAUUACAAUCAACACAAGCCGUGAAGUGAUGCAAGCUGCUGUAGAGGCACCACUCGAUCUCACCUCACCUCCCUUCCUGAGGACCAAGACUGCUCCUACUGACUUAGAUGAAUCCAAACUGCAGAAGAUGUUGUCAUCGUCAUUGCCAUCGUCUGCACAGCCAGCACGGUCUGAUUGCUCCUUAUCUUCCAACUUUGGGAACUCACUGACAGCUGUUCCUCGGACAAUAGCAUCACAAAUGCCACUUCAAGCAACAGCGACCAUGUCUGCUUCUGUGAACAUCCUGAGCUCAUCAUAUCCAUCACCACUAACUUCAUCUGUGGGCUGUGCACCGAGGACAUCUUCGCCUUUGGAUUAUCCCGGCAAACGAUGUCCCACAACAUCUCUUACAGAUUUAGCGGAAGCAGCACAUGACAGGCCAAAUAAAUGCCGAGUUAUCGAGAAAGAUCUUGAUGUGCCACAGAAUCUUAUCAGCUCAGGUCCAAGGUUUUCUGUGUCCAGUCCUUGCCAAAAGAAAAUUCAAACGGAGAUCAGGACCAAGGAGAAUGAAUUCAAAGAACCAGGCCCAAUACUUCAAACGAGUUGUGCUGCCAUGAAUGGCCAACUGAACAAUGAGCCUAUUGUGAGAAAAUCAGUAACAGUUGAACCUUCCCCAGGAGCCCCCAGUAGCACAACAAUAGAGACAAGGGAUGGUGACAAGCUGACAGUCGCUCAGCCACUUAAUAACAUAUCCACUGCUCCGUCUCUUCUGCGUACUGUUCCCGAGCCACAUUACUCAUGUGCGACUUUGUCCUCUGUACAGUCACUGACCCUCACUGGUUCUUCUUCCACACCUCUUCAGGGAGCCUCUGACUCCCUUGGCACAUCUGCACGAAUGCCAGGUUUGCUGCAGUGUGCAGCUGCAGUGCAGAAAGAACCAUCACCUUUACCAACAACAUUGUUGCAUCAUUCUAGCGAGAGUCCUGGGGAAAGUGCCAGUAACGAGGUUAUCACAACAAGACCAGAGCUCAGAGACACCUUGCCUCCUGCCUGUCAGCAUAGAGAAGGGCCCCCACCAGGGAAAUCACUGCCAACCCUCCCUCUACCAUCAAGAACAAAUGUCCCUUCUUUCGUUACCAACGCUGAACAAUUUUCUUCUCACAGUAAUUCUAAAGAGCAGGUGGGGAUAAAUUGCACACAGAGAGGCAAAAAUGAUUCUCCUAAUGUUAAUGUCCUUGUUGGUGUCACUGAGAACAGGGAAAGAACUGUUGCAAAGAGACCUCGCAAUAUAGGAUUGCCUGUGAAAGAUUUUUUCAGCAGCUCACCAAAGGGAAAUACAUAUUCUUCUUUAAUGUUGGCUGCAAUAACUUCGAAGAAUAAGCCAUCCACACCCAUUCAUUCUGACGAUGAUUUGUUGCGACCCUUGUCUCACAUUGACCCACGUCCAACUGAAAUCAACGGCACGAUCAUUGACUUGACCGAGGAUGAUGAUUGUGAAAUAGUUGGUGUGACUAUGGUGGGCACUGAACAAAACGAAGCUCCUGUGACAGUCAGUAAGGAAAGUGGAAUUUCUUCGAUGGAUGGCUCCCCCAUCAGAGUUAAUGAGAUAGAAAUGGACACUUCCAGCAGCACAGUUUCUGCCCAGAAUUCUCCGCGGCUCACUUACACCCCUGAAAGCUUAGCAUCCAAUGUGUCAUCCCAGAGAACACCAUCUGCUGAGCUCAUGAACGAAAGUCUGUCACAGAAUCUAGUCAUUGACAUUGCAUCGCCGCGCUGCAAAGAAUUCAGGGAUAAUAUAGUGGGGCAUCUUAAUAACACACCUUUAGUCGCGUCUCAAGGAGUUUUUGGCAAGGAUGUUUUUGUAGAAGAGAGUAUUGUUUCACCUAGCAACAAGGAUGUUUUUGUGGAAGAGAGUAUUGCUUCUCCUAGCAACAGGGACAUUUUUGUGGAAGGGAGUAUUGUUUCCCCUAGCAUCAGGCAAUCAUUUGUGCAUCAGUGUGACACAGAUGAUGACAGAACAGUGGCAAAGCGGCAGUCACAGACGAGGCACUCUUCAGAGCCAGAAGCAUCUUCCAUCCAUCUCGCAGGCAGGUGCAAUCCUGUGUCGAUAGAGGUCUCCGAUAGUGGUUAUAAAAUUCCAGCUUUUCUGUAUGAUGACUGUGACUUGUCUAAAAGAACGACACCUUUAGACCUUAGGCACCACCAUGCAUCUUCUGCAGGAGGCGCUGCGCCUCACUGUGCUCUUGAUGUUUCUAUGGCGUCCUGUAAUCAAGGGGCGUCAGAAGUUCCUUAUAAUUCACAAAGUACGCUUGAUGUGCAUUAUGACGCUAAUGAGCAGCUGGCAAAUAAUGGCAUUAACUCUGGGUUUGGGUUUCUUUGUUCCAACUUGAACAGUACGCUGGAUCAAGUUCAGGAAUACGAAGAAAGGAUUUACCAGAUUCAUGGAGUGAUUAGCAAUGAAGAAAGCGGUGAUAAAAGACGCGAGCAGCGAAAUAUCCUUUCUGGUGUGAAAGCCAAAAGUGUUCAAAACAGAGGCAGACGCUGCAGUGCACCGUCACGCGCAAAUAGAGGGAAAAGAGGGGGGUUAAACAAUCAGCAAGUGCUGGGGAAGAAUACCCAAUCCUCUCGUCCGAUGGUGACGUGUUCAGACAAGUCCCUUGUUCGUGGGGAAGAUCGUACAGCUUCCUCCGGUGAUAUGAUUAUUGUCUCAAACUACCACAGCGCAGAAACUGGCAACACCGCACAUGCCAUCAAUAGCGCAACUCUCAGCAACAAUAUCUGUCUUAACAGCGGUCAGAAUGGCACUGUGGAUGUCUCAGGUAAUUUUCCCAGACAAAAUUUAGAUUUCUCGUACCCAACCACGAAAUACAAUGAUGUGCAUGAAAUACCGAAUGCUCAACCUGUGUCUCACAAGUUCGGGACACGCUCUUUCAAUACUGUAACAGUCAGCAGACCUGAACCUCAGCUGUCACCUCUGCUUCUCACCGUCAAAUCUCCUCCUGUUCAUGGCAUUACAACCCCAAGCAUCAUGAGUCCACCCCACUCCCAGGGUAAUGGUCUCCCGCGGUCAGAAGCCAGUCACCAGUCUCCAACCCCUGGACUCCUCUCUCCUAAGCCUCCUGUCCCAAGGGUUACCCAAAAUGUCCUGAAACUCUUACAGUUCAGACCGCCAGCUCCAAGGAAAGCUCCUCGUCCCAGCAAUGCUAGCAGCGAGUUUGUUAAUGUGGCCACCAAAGAACGUAUUGAUCCAGUACGAGCAAACAACUCUAGGGGAAGUUCUAAGACCACAACAAAGAAUGAGGAGACUCUAUCAAGGAAUAAACAUGUUCUUACGGAGACUGAAAAGAAUUCUAAUAAGCUACAUUCAGAUCAACAACUGAAAGAUCUUAGUUCACAUGAGAAUACAGAGUCCACAUUUACUUGUGGCAAUGAAAGAAGCAUGACCUUUGAGACUGUUUUUGUGGAUAUGGAUGCACUUACGAAAGCCGAGAUAGGACAGAUGAAUCCGGGGAAUUCUGUCAAAGAAGCAUCUCAUAACUACAUGGACAUUGAGAAGUCUGUAGAGGCGACAGAAAUUUCUUCCAUUAUGAUAUCUGAGGGGGCUGGAAAGGGGAAGGACAUCACGGAGAAAACCAUUGAAAAUUUAUCUCCUUCUGAUCGAUCUGCUCUGACACUGAUCACAGAGAUAUUUUCAUCAGCUGCCCAUACGAAUCAUGUUCAGCCUUUGUCCCCCCUCAAGAAGUUACCAGAAGGAUGCUGUAAGGAGAAAGUGGAACUCAAUGCAGAGCCAAGUCCACCGCAGCCAUUGUUAUUGGCAAAAGUUGAAACAGAAAGGAGAAAACCUGACAAUAUGAGGAGUAGCUUGGACAGUAUCCACUCUUUGCUGGAGGAAUUUCAAAACGCGCAAAGUGAAAGCUUGGUCCAAACAGCCAAAACGCACCAAGAAAACGGGUUGGUUGUCUUGUCACUCAAGUCGCAGGAAUGUGAUAGCAUGAACCCAGUGGAAGACGCCGUGAAUGAAAACAUGGGCUUUGAGCCUGGCUCUCCCAACAAGAAAGAAGAGUUCCCAGUGGCAGUCUCUGAACCACCAUCUCCCCAACAGUCACUGGCAGCAGCUCAGAUUUUGGUUGACAUGCGUAGAAAUCAGAUUGUGAGUCACAGUACAUGAUUGUGCUUUUUGUGUUUUUCUCUCCUCCAUAAUUGAUUUUGUUCAGUACUGCAUGCAGAUCUUGACAUGUUUGUUGAAGGUGAAAAAAGGAUGGGAAAUAUUUUUUGUGGGCAAUACAGUAUUAUGGUUAAGACUCUAGAAUGGAGAAAAUAUAAGUUUUGAGCAACGUCACUCACACCUAUCAAACUCAUUUUGGUUAAAUGCCGCAGUUGUUUGUCUACAUUACAUUACCAAGUCUUUCAUUCUCCCAAGUUUUCCUUUAGACAGUUUUACAACAUGAGGUUUUUAUCUGAGAAUCAGCAAUUCUGCUUUUGUAAUACCUGAAAACAUGGACUUUUAAAAAGCGGUGCACAUUUUUAUUGCUUUGACAGUCUCUCAUUCUAAAGCAGCCAC